UCAAUUAUUAAUAGUAAGCCGCCAUUUUAAAUAUGGAAAUCUGGUCUAGUCUAGUUCUAAAGUGUUUUGAUAUAUCAGUUAAAGAGUAUUUUGUUGUUGCUUGCAUUCGACUUUUAAACAUAUAAACUAAUUUUAAUACCUAUAUGUCAUAAGAUAGUUUAUUAUAUGGAAUAGAAGGUAAUUGCGACUAGCAAGUGUUUUAUUUUUUAUUAGAAGCGACAAGUGAAACCUUCCGUAUUCCAGAAACACGGCUAAGGCUGUUAGAAUAACCUCAACAUGCGAGUAGCUGUGAUUACAGUAAAUUAUGUGCAAGUAUAUUUCAAAUAAAACACUCUCCCCGGAGCUAACAAUUAAGCGUAGUGAAAGUGAUGGGUGUUAUCAAGCAUAUUCAAGUAUACUUAAGAACUUCACAGAAAAUGGUCAUUAUAUUAAAUUGACAGAGAUAGUCUAUGAUAUUCCAACGUUUGUUCAACAGAUUUCGGAGUUCAUAAAAACUGGAAAUUACGCAGAGCUUGAAAAUAAAUUAGACAAGAUUAUAGAGUUUCUUUCGGAAGCCAAUGCUGUCUGCAAAUUCACACAAAACACAAACCUGUGUCAGGAAAUCGAACAGACUCUUGGGCCUACUCCUAAACGUUUUGAUGAAACUUGUGUUGAUGAUAAGACAUCCUGCGAUUCAAAAGAAGUAAAGGAACUAAACGUAGACGACAGACAAGAUAAAUCAGAUGGAUUAAGUACAUCAGAUCCUGCUGUAGAUGUAAAAACUCAACUUAAUCAGCGCGACCAUUCAAUGCCAGAAUAUUCCAAACAUAAAGAGUUAUUUAAUAAACUUUUAAAAAGUCUUCAAGAAUGUGCCUCUGCCAAUUCAGAUGACGCAAACGAAUUAGCAGAAAUAGUUCUGAAGGCUGCAUAUAACGCUAAAGUGCAUGGUGAACCAUUCUCUGAAGAGGAGCGUAAAGUAAUAGGACCACUGGUAAAACAGUGUAUCGACAAACUAGGCGACUGUGUAUUUUAUAAUGGAUAUUCAUUUGAUAUAGACAAUGGACCUUACAUCUUAGUCUUAAGGUCUGCUAUUCAAAUAAUUUUAGAUAAUUACAAACAUUUUCCUUGUGGAGAAAACAAAACCUUGGAGACAGUUUUUAUAAAUUCAGAUAUUAACGAAUCAAUAGAAACACUAGAUGAAGGUAUAAAUGACUGGAAAAAAUCAUUGAAUGUCUUAAGCUACGACAAUGUCAUUCAUACUAAACAAGAACUAACUCGACCUAAAGAUUUGCCAGAAACACAUACGUGGUGGUUUUAUAAUUAAGAAUAGAUAAUAGACUAAUUUCACAACACGCUGUUAAAAGGAAAAUUUCUUAACAGCCACACAAAAUCAUUCUUUUCAUUACAAAAAAUGCAAUAUUUCAAUAUAUUUUAUUUUUAAUCAAAUACUAAUUCCAUACUGUUCCAAAAAUAUUUUAAACUUAUAAACAAUUAUUGAUUUUGAUAUAAAACAGGGACUUUAAAUAAUUUAGGUAAUAUAUAAUGUUACACAACAUUUUAAAAUAAUGUUUUUGCAUUAUUUUUUAAAUACAACAAUUAUCAAUUAAAAUUCUUGUUUUCAAAAAUAUACUGAAUAAUUUUGAAAAUGUGUAGCAUUUGGGAGAGGAGAGCUGAAUCUAUUCAUGAACAGUUGGCUAAUAACCACGGAAAACAUGAAUUUAAAAUAGAGGCUCAGGAUAAAGAAUUGCUUUCGGAUCAUUUAACUUUUUUAUUAACUGCGGACACUGAAUUAAUACCUAGUGAAAAUGAUAAAAAGGUCAUCGAAGAUAUAAUUGACAUUAUUAAGAAGAAAGAAGGCGUUGAUGAUGCAUGUGAUACUUAUGUGUUGCUGAUUUGCACAUGUAUAGAUAUUGAUGGAUCAGGAUGUGCUUUAAUGCCAUUAAUUGGGUAUAGAAAAAAUACAUAUAUCAGCUUCAUUGACCACACGGCAAAAUCCUAUGAAACAUGGGAUAGUUUUCAAAAGGAUAACGCAUGGAAAGGCUUUUCAAUUUGCUUACCUAAGGAUGGGAAAUAUAAAAAGGGUGAAAGUUUAUGUUACCUUAAAUCUGUAGCAAAAGAAAAUGUCCAAUCGUACGACUGUUUUAAAAAAGAACUUGAUAAACUAAGUUUUGAUCCGGACAAUCUGAAACAUUCAGCUUUUAUUGAAAACAACUUUUUGAAGUUUUUCGAGUGGUUUUGUAAAAUCUUCACAGAUAGUGAAAUAAAACAGUAUAAAGAGACACUGCGAUUUUCAUUUUAUUUAAAUUCUCUUAAAACUGAGACAAGUAAAUACAUUGAGUGCGUUAGCAGAGAAUUUAAUUUCGGCAAAAGAGAUAUUUUAAAUUUGCUGCUGGAGGGUUUUAAAGAGAUAACUGGAAAAAGACGAGAGUAUCUCGGUAAUGCAUACUUUAUAAGAAAUAUAUUUAGCAUACUUAUUGUGAGCAAAAACCUAGAUUAUUUGCAACUGUAUAACAAUAAUCAGCUACAAAUUACAACAAAUAAUCUGACAUUACAUGCCAAAGCUCUGGUACAACUGAGUGAUGAAAAGCUCUUUAGCAUCUUUGUAGAAGUCCCCACACAUGAAGAAGAUGUAGAAUAUUACGGUGAAUUAAAAAACCUCCGUUUCAAAUUAAACUCACAAAGACAAAAUGAAUUGAAGCGUAUUUGCAAGGCGCUUGGUGUUAGUAAUAUUCAUGAGUUUAAGCUAAAUGGUCAAAUUAUAUUUAAAGAAAUUGAACCGAUUCAAAUUGAUUCCCUCUUUAGUGUUAUGCUUCGCGCAUGUCACAAGUUUAAUGCAAUGUAUAUAGAAAUAGGUAUUUGUUUCGCAUCUAAAAUAAAAUGUGAAAAUAUAUAUGAUCUAUGUGCAGCUUUUGAAUAUAUAACCAAAACUCUUGAUAAAAAUGAAAGUAGGAAAUUAAGGAAGCUCAAAAAAGAAAAAGAUGAAUUGAGAAGAAAAGAUAUAGAGAAGGAAAUAGUAGAAAAUUUUAAGCCGCACUUAGAAAAACAUACAAAGACUUUCGAAGAGAAGAUAGAAAAAUGGAAGUAUCUGGCUCAAACUGGAGAGUUGAAUUUUGUUCGGCCAAUAACUGCUGCAUAUCAUUACAUCAAACACAAUAAAGUUAAAAAAACAAAUGCCCUACUAUCAGAAGAAGAAUAUAUUGCCUUAGCCAGACGCCUGGUAUCAAAACGUGAUAUUGCUUUUACCUGGACUCAGGACGGCUCGUCCAAAUGUUUCAACAUUACUGAUGAUGAACAUUGUGCCAAAGCAGUAAUGUAUGAAAAAGUAGAUGGUUCAUCAGCUGUUAUCGCUACUUUGUUCUUUUCAGAGCCGAAGUAAUCAGUUCUAAUAUAACUUUGUUAUGAUACUAAACAACUAUCAGUUAAUAUCACAAUAUUAAAGUAAUGCAUAUUGAUAUGUUUAUCUAUUUCGCAUUGAAAUUACAUUGUGAACAUGUAUAUUACGUGUGUGUGUGUAGUUGCAGUGAGGGUGUACACAUGUUACACUUAGUGGCGGGGUUGUAUCUUCAUUUGUUUAAUUUUUAUUCAAAGGUAAUAGAUGUAGCUUAAUAUAGCGUUAGUUUGCGAUGAAUUGUGGUUUUGUUGUAUAAAGUAGUGCAAUAGUACAAUCGGUACAUUUUUAUAAAUUAAUUUAGAUAUGUCAUGAUUUAGAUAUGUUUUAUAUGACUUACUAUUACUAGUAUUAGCAUUGUUUUUUCCCCCUAAGUAUUGUUAGUUUUUUAAAGAAUUUGUUUUAUCUGGUACUAUAUUUUGGGUAUAGUUGGGUGUACAUUGGUUGAAUACGCAGUAGAGCAGGCCUUUUUCGCUGUGUGCGACGAGACAAAAGCUGCAGUGUGUGUGGACAAUUGUUGAAGAAAUGAGUCGCUUUCUUUAAUGUUGAACUGUGUGUCUGAUAAAGUGGACAAGUUUCAUUUUGUUUUAUUUUUGUAACCUUUAGUAUUGAACGAGAGUAAUUAUUACGUUAAGUCGAGUCCUGUGUCUAUAGGCCUAGUAAUUUAAGGCCACAUAUAAUUUUUGUUGUUGUUGUAAAAUGCGAAACUCGUUAAUUUUUGCUAUUAAUUUUUUACAUUUUUAGGCCUCCACUAUAGUGAUAAUGUAUUACUAUGAUAGGUGGCAACAUUGCUUUACACAUUUAUCUUCAAUUUCUUAAUUACUAUUUAAUUUUAUUGCAUGCACUUAGAGCUUUUUGAAAGUGAAUAUUUAUUUAAGCAUUUGAACAUCGCGGAUAUUUUCUAUCAAUGAAAUGUGAACUUCUUAUUUCAUCCUUAACAUUAUAUAUUUAUAUUUACAU